AGCCAUGUGACAGUUGCUGAUGUGAAACUCACCUCACCCAGCGGAGCGAUGCCACGCGGCGACCAGUCAUGACCAGCAACACCAUGUGGAUCGCUCGUCUCCUCGCUGCGCUCCUCUGCUUCUCGACAUCCUGGGCGGGCAACUGUCAGCACGUCCUCGAUAACUGCUAUAGCAGCACAAACACCAGCUGGAUCCAGUGUUAUGAGAGCAGAAUCUUAAGGUGUUCUACUGGACGUUUGGAUAUACCCGGCUUUAAAAAAAAAAGGGUCAGCUCAUCUGUAGAGGCUGAAGCCAUUCCUACCCCAGAGCACAGGGUGAACAUCCCGUCCUCAGCUCUGCAGAGGAGCUCAGGCUCUUCAGAGGAGGUCGUUCUGGUGGCCACCGUCAUCAACAGCACAUAUUUCCAGCUGAGUCCCCCCCGGAAGAGUCGGGCCUUCCCCCGGCCUGCCCCCCUGCCGGGCUCUGUUUUAGGGGGUCUGGUCUUGGCCGUGAAGGUGGGAGGACGUCCGCUCCGAGACCUCUCCGAGCGCGUCAACUUAACCUUCAAACACAACAGCAGUGGGGAAAUUGGAACGUGUGUGUUCUGGGACGCUUCCCAGGAUGGAACAGGUCAGUGGAACACUGAGGGCUGCCUUACCGCAGACACUGGAUCUCAUUACAUCUGCAGCUGCAACCAUCUGAGCUUCUUCGCUGUGCUUGUGAACCCGAAAAUUUCACUGGACAGGGAAACUGUGGUGACUCUGAGCUACAUCACGUACGUGGGAUCCUCGCUCUCGGCGGCGCUCACCACCAUCAGCCUGAUCAUCUACAUCUGUUUCCACGGGCGACGUCCUGAGAAGUCCAUCGGUGUUCACAUGCAGCUGACGGGAGCGCUGCUCAGCCUCCACCUCAGCUUCCUGCUGUGCAGCCUCUGGUCCAGGCUGCAGGGGCGGAGCCUGGACGGCUGGGUCUGCAGCGGUCUGGGCUUCUUCCUGCACUGGUCCCUGCUGGCCGCCCUCAGCUGGAGUGUCCUGGAGGGGUUCCACCUCUACCUGCUCCUCAUCCGGGUCUUCAACAUCUACGUCAGGAGAUACAUGCUGAAGCUCAGCCUGGUGGGAUGGGGUUUUCCCACUGUGGUCGCAGCUGUCUGUGCCGCCUCUGGAGUUUACGGUACUUAUAGAGUGAACGUGACGGACACGACCAGUCAUGUGUCAGAAGCACCAGAAGCACAGAUAUGUUGGCUGAACAGCGACUUCCCACACAUGCUCCCGGUGGCCUACAGCACUGUGGUGGUCUUCCCCUGCCUGGUGGUCCUGUAUAACACCUGCAUGCUGGUCCUGGUGGUGCUGAAGCUGUGGAAGCUGAGGAUGGGUGGCCGAGGCUUCGAGCGCGGCUCCGACUGGAGGAAGAUGUGCCGCGAGCGGGGGCGCCAGGUGUGGAAGGACUGUGCCACCGUGUUGGGUCUGAGCUGUGUGCUGGGGCUGCCAUGGGGCCUCGCUGUCACCACACACAUCUCCACCGCCGGCCUCUAUAUCUUUACAGUGCUCAACUCCCUGCAGGGUGUUUUCGUCUUCCUCUGGUCUCUGGCUUUGACCUGCAAGUCUCGAUCCGAGAACAACUCAUCAAGCAAAUACCCCUCCUCACAGAAAGUCAUGACCACCUCCUUCAACAGCUGAUAGUCGCUCACAUACGCACACUCGUCACCUACAUUAGGUGACUAAUGGACUCACAUUUCUCUGGUUCUUCCUCAAUGAAUCAUAGAUGUUAAUAUUGGAUACCUUGUUUGUAAAUGUGUUUUUCAAUAUUACGUAAAGAUGAUCUGAACUUCUUUCUGAGUUCUUUAUCAAAAUGACAUUUUUCCCAAUGCUAUCAUUGGCCUUCAUGAAAGACAGCUAUGUAACUGUUCUUCUGAGAUUUCUUUUUCUUGGGGGGAAGACGACUGUUGUGAAAACAGACACUUAACAGUUCUGAGAAUUUGAGGCAGAGUGAGAGCUCUGUUGUCAGACGUAAAGGCAGAAAAUCAGAAUUUAAAAAACGACUAUUUAUUUGGGGGCAAUAAGGUGGAUAAAGAGAGGCAUAUUGAGGGAGCGACAGAAAACACAAAGGUGUGGUGGGCAAAAGUAGUGGAUAAAGGACAACAGCAGAACUGCUGCCGGUGUAGGUACCAGAUCUGUCCAGCCUGCCAAAUCUGUCCGGGGGCCCGCGCCUGCCGAUGACAUGUCACAUUCUGAUUGGGCCAAAUGCGCAUCCGAUGACGUGGCACAUUCUGAUUGGGUUUAAUGACGUAUCACAUUAUGAUUGGCAGUAUGAUUGGUUGUAAAAAUACAGCGUUUGUUUUGAUACCGGUGAAGAGCGAGAUGAUAGCGAACGACAUGGAGAAUAAGAAGGAGAACGAGAAAGCGUUUUAUAGGAGAUUUGGGAUUUUUUUUUUUUCCUGUGUGUAUGAAAUGUGUAAUAUAAUUGUGAAGUUUGCAGCUCUUUUUGGUUUCAUGUCUAUGUUGACUAUGUCUAUGUUAUUUUUUGCCUUUGUCAAUGUGAAAUUGUGCUGGGAAAAAAAGAUUAACAGAAAAACAAUAUGUUGUAGCAGCCCUGCUUUCAUUGCAGUUGACACAAGUAUGCCAAAUAAAUACUGUAGUUAU